UUUAUUCAUUUGAAGCAGAAGAUUGUUUAAAAAACGAACAUUUAAACGUUACUAACGUAGACCCAGCAUUAUCAUCCCAUGGUGUUAUUAUUUCCCGGAUGAUGUUUAAUUUUUAACAGUUUCGUAACAGUCCUAUAUUAUGUCCUUCUUCCUCAUGUCUCGGAUAUCGGGUGCAUUUAAACGUUAAAAAUUUUUACUGCGUUUAAAGUUUUAACUAAAGAAAUAUAGGACGCAUGACUUUCGUUAAAUAUGACACAUAUAAGUCAACAAAUAUAACAUAACACAAAGGUUGUAAAUAUUUUUAUAAUGGAGAAGGACAAGAAGUUGUUAAUUUUCUGUGUUCUAUUCGCUAUUUCUGUUUCAUCAUGCUAUGGACGAUUCAGAGGAAGAUAUCGGAGUGGUGGUUAUUAUUAUAGAGGGGGAUAUUAUGGCUCAUACAGCUCCUAUAGCAGCAGAACUUCGACUGGAACUAUAGUUGGAGCUGUGAUCGGCGUAACCAUUGGCAUAGCUGUGUUGGUUGUAGUUAUCUUUAUCAUAAGAGCGUUGUGUUGCAAAACAGCUCAACGAACAAGAAAUACUGGGCAAAUGACCACUUGGUCUUCAAAUGUGCAACAAUCAUACGCACCACCGCCAUAUUCAGCACACGACAAGACAUACACGACUGGGAUUGACUACAAUACUAAAGAUACAACAAACUAUCCACAAAACAUGCAAUGUACUACCAACUCGACACCAGAACAGCCACCGCCUCCUUACCCAACAUCACCACCUUACCCAACAUCGCCACCAUAUCCGGAUACAAUCAACAAUUAUCCAACGCAACCGUAUCCUUCAAACGAUACUGCACACUCACAAGAUCUUACCGCGCAGCCGCUGUCAAAUCUGUAUGAAUCUAAACCGUCUUAUGACAACCAUGGCAUGACGCAAUAAAUUAAAAAAAUAUAUAAGAAAAAUGACAGCACAAGAUGCUCUGUUAAAUCGAGACAUUUUUUGAGAAAUUUUAGUUUCUUGUAAAACUUUUUUUUAUGAAUUGAGUAUUAAAAGAGCUGUUCGCACGGUAUAUGGAUCAAGUUACCAGAAGUUUUCCAUAUUAUUAUUUUUCUAUUUUAAUAGCAAAUUAUAUUUAGUUAAAUACAAGAAUGUGUUGUUUUAGCAAUCUGACAAAAUAUGUUUACAUAUAAAAUGAUAUUUAAAAAUCAACAGUGGAUAAGCAUUCACACAUAGAGCAGAUCCGCUAACCUUACCAUAGCACAUUAGUUCCUAACCCCUCCUAUUUUGAAGGGGUUCGUAUUAUUCAAUCUAGUUCUUUAUGUAGUGUUGUUUGGACUGUUUUGUUUUCUUUUUGUCAAGGUUUUGUCUGUCUUCUUUAAUUCUUGCAUGGAAUUUAAAUUCCUUAUGGUACCUUAUUUCCUAUUUUUUUUACAUCGUACAGAUCGCCGCUCUUAUUCUUUGUGUAUAUCGGUUGAAAAAUAGAAUCAUAUAAGUAAACAUACCCCCAACAACAACAACACAGAAAAGAAAAUCUAUUAAUUCAUAUUGAAUACUAAUAUCCGAGUAGCAGUAAAUACAAUGCAUGUUAUAGUUAAAAAUAUGUAAAUAUAUGAUUUCACGUAAGCCAUCAAAGCAAGAAUCCUGUACUAUUUAUUAUAUAUUGCAAUUUUAUUCGUUCUAUAAAUUAAUAUCAGAAUGAUUCUCGGGCUCUUCGUCUAAAUUCAUAUCAAACGAAGCAAAACAAACCACAUUCUAAAGGUGUUCCCAUAAUUUAUAUGUUGACAAUCAUAUUAAAGAAAAGAACGAAAGAAUCUAUAGUGUUAUUAGUUUCAAAAUGUUCAGUAAAAAUGAUGCCAGGAUUCUACAGUAAAAAUAUUUUGCCGUGCUUAGAAGUAAAACCAUUUUAUUUAAUUUAAUAAAACAGCAUACUGUGUAGUCUAUCUUACAUAAUUGAUUAUUCAAUAUCACGGUGGGUAAGGUUGUCCUGCGAGAGAACGUUCUGUGCUGGUGAUUCGGUCCUGACUGGUGCUGGUGGGUCCUGAUUCUGUGCUGGUGGGUUUGUUUACAUUGUACCAGAACGGCAAUAAAACAACUGUUCUGUUGCUUAAUUUUUCUCUGAUACUUCCUAAGUACCAUGCGAGGAUUAUUACAAUGAUUUUUUAUUUGAAAAAGUCGUGCAAAUUCGCCAAACGAAAUUGUCCUGACGAUGUGCUGGUGAUUAGAAAAACGGUCCUGGUUCUGUGCGCCUAUGUCCUGGUUCUGUGCCUUUAUAUUUUAGUUAAAAGUGGCAAAUAUUCAAGAUCAUUGAUGCAGAAAAUUUGUAUAAUUGAUAGAAAAUAUAUCUAGCAUAUAUUUGGUGGAUAUUUCAUAUGAGCCAAGUUGAGUCUGUUUUUUUUUAUUUGAUUUUUGAGAGGGGGUGCAAGAUCUUUCUGUUGAGGUGUUUUGGCAUUUUAAAACUUUUGUUAACUGUUAUUUUGAAGAUAUAUGUGCUGUUAACUGUUAUUGACUAAUUAGCUGUUAUCUGUUUUCUUAAAAUUGACAUUGUUGUGAACUGUUAUUAUGAAAAAAAAUACCCCUGUUUACUGUUUUUUGAUUUUUGAAUUCACUGUUUUCUCAUUUAAGAUGAUUUAAAAUGCUGUUAUCGGUUAUCAAUAUUUUAAAUUUAUUGUAAUCUGAUUUGAGCAAAAUAAAAAAAAUAUUGACCUGUUAAUUGAACCCCUCUUUUGACCCUUUGAGAUAAGAAAAUAUGCAUACGAUUUUCGGGAUUACGAUCCUUUUGCAUGACCAUCAAAAUACGGUGUAAAAUAUCCAAUACCCAUAUAAAAAAGAUUAUCUUGCAUGUUUGCAAAUGGAAAAAAAUUCCAUCAGAAAUCAAAUGACUUGGUGUUAACAACUAUGCGUAACCGUACGACCUUCAACAAUGACCCGAAAAAUCAAAAUGUAAAAGGUUUUGCAUAAAAAUAGAGAGCAUAAAUAUAGAAUAAAGGACUGUUUUUCUAAUAAAAUUGAGAAUGGAAAUGGAGAAUGUGUCAGAGACAACAACCCGACCAAAGAGCAGAAAACAGCCCACGGACACCAAUGGGUCUUCAACACAGCGAGAAAAUCCCGCACCCGGAGGCGGGCUUCAGCUGGUCCCUAAAUAAAAUGUGUACCACUUCAAUGAAAAUGGACGUCACACUAAAUUCCAUAGCAUAUAAAUGAACUAAAAUUACAAAAAACAUUCAAGACUAACAAAGGCAAGAGGCUCCUGACUUGGGACAGGCGCAAAAAUGCGGUGGGGUUAAACAUGCUUUGUGAGAUCUCAACCCUCCCCCUAUACCUCUAGCCAAUGUAGAAUAAACAAACACACAGCAAUACGCACAGUAAAACUCAGUUUAAAAGAAGUCAGAGUCCGUAUCAGAAUAGGUAACUAAAGAAACUAAGCAAAAUGACAAUGAUACAUAAAUUAACAAGGGACUACUAACAGUUACUCCCAUGCCAGUUCAAGACCUCAAUUCAACUGAUUGAAAGAUUAUGUCUUCAUCAUAUGAAAAUCAAGCACAACCUAAGUUGAUCACGGCAAACUACCAGGUGAGUCUGAACAUUUCUUAGAUGAGUUUAGAUAAUACAUUCAGUGUAGCCUAAGCAUCCUGGAUAUUGUUUCUCUGACAAAUUUGUACGAUACUGUAGAUACUUUUCUUUUUAUUCAACCAAAUGAAUUUCAGCCUUGUUUCUGCACGUAGGAAUCAUGUGUCCUCAGCAGCUAAAAUCAGAUUUCUUUGUAACAAUUUAGUGUUUACUAAAAGUAUGACAAUAAUAUUGCGGGUUUUUUUUUUGGAAUAAGGAAGAGUGAGGUCACGGUGAAAGUUAUUAAGCUUGGAAUAGUUUUGAAAUUCUAAAAUUGUUGAUAAAAAAUAAUUUGAUGCAGAUGAUCAAGAACGAUUUUAUUACUGCAGUUGAUAAUUUUACCAUAAAAACAUUUUCCAAGAGGGGAAGGGGGGUUCCCGUAAGAUUUAAAAGUUGUACUUUAAGAGAAAAAUGUAUCUAUUAGCUAUUAAGCAUCAUUUGCUGUACCUUUAAGCCUCUGGUCAACAUAAAAUUAUUGUCUGAUCGGUUGUCAGGGGGAAUUUUCGAAAGUUCAAUAAAACCUUUAAAAAAAAUAUUUAAAUAUUUCAUGGAAGGGCAGACUAGAAUUUGUCAGAAAAUGAAGACUAGAUAACCUAGAUAACACAAACAAAAAUAAGAUUUGUUUAAGUUAUGCAUUUUAAAUAUCCAAAAGUAAAGUCUGUUGUCAAGGAUUUUUGAUAAAGAAUUAAGGGGGAGUAAGUGAACGAUGUGUCCUAAUUUUCUAUUUUUAACUAUAUUUCUUGAAUAAAAAUAAAAUAUGCCCAAAUUUUGAUUGAAAAUGAGUGAAAAAUGAGUGAACGAAAAAAUAAAAUACCAGACUAAGAUGUACACUUUUAGUUAAAUAUUUGUAAUAGCACGAAGCUUUUAAUUUUUGUGUUUCAAACACACCUUCUCUGUAGUAAUGACUCAUUACAAAGGUAUUUCACUUCAUCCAUUUAUUUCAUUUUUUGAUAAGUACUGUGAAUUCUCAGUAUUAUUAUAUUAACAUGUAGCCUAAAUAUAAAGAAAAAAUCGAAUCUAAAGCCAGAUAUAUCAAACAUUUUAUUUUUAUUUUAUACGUUUUCAGGAAAAAAACAAUCAACUCAAACACGCCUUGAACGUAAAAUGUGUACUCGUCUGUCUCUUUACGAUAAGAUAGUUGCCGAUUUUUAGACCCCCCCCCAAAAAAAAAAUACUGUUGCCGGGGGAGAGAUGCAAAUAAAUGCUUUUUAAGAUCAAUAUUUUAUCUUUUCGUGCAUGUUUUUUUUUCAGUUGAAUUUAAUGUUAAAAAAUUACAAUAUCUCGUAGUUUCAUACUACUAGUUGAGUAUAAAAAAGUAUAUAAGAUGCAAACAAUCUUAAAUUAUACACCUACAUUUGCCUUUUAAAAGCCAUAAAAAACAGUUUUAUACAAUCCAAAUAUACAAACUUUACAAAACUUGGUUUAAUUUCAACUGGUUAUCAACCCGUUUCGCUCUGUAUCAAGGGGCCGUGUGAGCUAUUGACUUGACGUCCGUAAUUAAAAAAAAUCUUCUCUGAAAUUGCUUGACCAAAUGUUACCAAGUGAAUUUUCCUGAGUGAAUCUAGGAAAAAACAAUAUUCAUCAACAAACAUGACCACUGUUUGUUAAAAUAAAUUCGAGUUUUUAGUUUAUAUCGCAAAAGUUCAAGCAGUUAGCUUGGUUAGAGCAAAACUUACCGAGUAAAAAUAUUCAACAGGCCAAUGUCUAUCUACCUUGCACUUUUCAGAAAAUUCAGAUCAGAUGCCGAAACUUGGUCCAGCAACAUUUAUCAGCAAUACAAGAUUUUGACCCACACAGUUUCCAUUCAAUACAAAUAUUCUUGUUGCAAUGAAUCAUUUUAAAUGCAAAAAUACCAGUUGCAGCCUUUAGUUUGUUUAUUUAUAUAUGUGUAUAGAUUAUCGGGUUUUCUACACAUUGAUAUCGUAAAAUAUCAACCGCGAGCCACAAUGUGAACCUUUUUGGCGAGUGAGCGCAGCGAUCGAGAGAAAAAGCUUCACAUUGUGUCGAGCAGCAGAUAUUUUAUGAUAUCUAUACGAAGAAAACCCGAUUAUCUGUUUAUCGUUCUAUAACUGGUCUUUUCCCCCUCCUUAAGACAGUUUUACGCUUGACGAAAGCAAGCUUGAUAACGUCUCCUCUCACAUUGUGACGUCGCUGAUAACUUCUCCUCAGACAUUGUGACGUCGCUGAUAAUGCCUGCUCUCGUCUCAAAGCCGUGAUACGAGAAUUACGGAGCGACUGAGCAGGGUGAUAUAGGCGUAGGGAAGGACGAUAAAUAUGAAUAUAUGAAGGGAAGCACGGUCACCAGGGUGUGAAAUCCAUGUCAUCUGAAAUAAAUACUAUGCAUAGAUCUAGAAAUCGACAGAUAAUAAUGACAUUUAAAAAAAAAAAAACUCUCUUGUAUUCGAAGUUUUUGCAGUUUUGUUUUGUCUAAACAAAUUGACACACAAAAUGAAUAUAGUAUUGUGGAAUUUUUUUAACUUAAAAUGUUCGAUACAUUGGUAACACCGUUACUAGGAUAAUAAUCCUGUCACGUAUGAAUUGGGUAAAAAGAUGAAAAUGUGAAAGUUUACGGGUGGUAGGUGCAACAUGAUACGACAGCUCACAUGGCUCGUCAGGGUGGGAGCUAAAAAGUGGAUCAAAGUCCAUGAAAAUUUGAUUUAAAACCUUUAUUCAUUCCAACAAAUUAUUGAGAUUUUGUUGAGGGUUUUACCAUCUACGGCAACAAGAAAACUUUCAGAAUUUAAUGCAAAGAAGGUUUAAAGUCUUUCGCCAAAAAUACUAUCAAUUUCUUCUUAUCCUAUGUGAAGCUCCAUGCAAUCUCCAUCCCUUUAUGAUCAAUAAAUUGAACUGUAAAAUACUACUUAGUAUCUUCCACAUGCUUUUAUAAUGUCUGAUGUAUACAUAUUUAUGACAAUAACUGUUGUGAGCACAAGAUUCACUGCACAGUUUUAAAGUUUUGCUAAAACAAAAAUUAAAAUGUAAACUUAAGUUUUGCGAAAUUUGUUUGAUGUGUACCGAUUGAGAUUUUAAUCUAAGAGAACAUGGUUUCCAAUGCUCCGUGUUGAAGGCCUAUAAUGGUUUACUUUUAUAAAUUGUAACUUGGAUGGAGAGUUGUCUCAUUGGCACUCAUACCACAUCUUCCUAUAUCUAUUUAUCUAUUACUUGAACUAGCUUUCAGUAGCUGCGAGUACUCGUGGUUCAAUAAUUUGUGUCUUUAUGUUAUUAUUUUGUGUGCUAAGUGGUGUGUUGUUACACCACUGUACCAAUGAAGGAGGAAAGGAGGAGGGGUUGGGUGGGGUGUGGAGCACAAACAAACAUGUUUAGCCCUGUCACGAGUGCCCAAAACCAGUGGUUGUCGAUGCUUUCUAUCUGUCAUGUUUGUUUUUUGUUCAAAGUUGUAUUUUAAAUCAGGCCGAAGGUCUUCAUUUUUUAAUCGUUUACCGUGAUUUUUAUAGCUAGUAUUCGUUAUGGUUUUUGCUCGUUGUUGAAGGUCAUACUUUGACUUGCAAUUGUUCACAUCUUGUUCCAUUCUAGUAAGUUUUUAUCAGUCAUGUAUGAAAAGCAAGUCUAUGUAGUUUUUUUAUCCAGUCGAAAUGUAUUGGAGACAGUGUAUAUAUUAAGGAAGAAAUUAGAGGCACCAGUAGUAAGAUCAUCUAACCUCGUAUAUUUAACUGAAAUAAACCAGUCAAACGUUUAUUGUCGUUAUAAUAUACAUGUCGCUUAACCUUAAGCACCUUUUAAAACUGUUUUAGUUAGCAUAUUAUGUAGAGAAUCAUCAAUUUAAGGGCAUUUAAUAUCUUAAAUAAAACUUUUCUAAUUAGAUAUAUUUUCAUCUGAUAUUGGACGGAAGAUGUUGCCCUUUUAUGUAAUAUAAGUUACGAUUAUUUGAAAACGCUUAUUAAACAGCCAAAUGGAUGCACAAAAGUAAAAAUAGGAGUCACAAAUCCGAUUGAAUACAAUUAUCUGCCCAAUUUUAUUGAUUCUGUAACGUUUGUUUCAAAUAUAACCAACUGUUUACCAAAAAUCACCAGCACCGUAUCAGGACCCACCAGCACAAUGACAGGACCCACCAGCACAGAAUCAUGACAUGUCUAAACUGAGAAAAUGCACAAUUUUAAUAAAUUGCACAGGUUUUUUCACAAAAUAAUUUUGUCGUGUGGAUUUGGGUAUAGAAAGUGGACUCCAGGAGCUUUUUUUUUAUUUUUUCAGUUCUAGAUUUUCUAAAAAUGAGCACUUUUGUGUUACGCUUACUGUAAUUGUUUUCCUAUGAACCCAUAAGAAACAAAAUUAAAACAUCUCAACUGUUUCCUUCCAUUUUUUAUGCGAGAAAACGUCAAAAUUCGUCAUUUUCGUCUUUGUUUACAUAUUUUUAAUGAUCACCAGCACCAGUCAGGACCGAAUCACCAGCACAGAACGUUCUCUCGCAGGACAACCUUACCCACCGUGAAUAUGCUUUUACUUUGUUUGCAUGUGUUUAUUGCAUUCAUCUUAAACGUUUUUUAUUAUUUUAUUUGGCAAUAAACAUAUGAAUUCAAAUCUCAAUUUAGUCGCCAAUCUAGUAAAAUUAUUUGACUGGACAACGUCUGCAAGUGAAUUUUCAUACUUCGUGGGUUUUUUUUUUCAAGAUUCAUAUCUGAAGAUUUGUUCCCCUUCAUUACCUAACUUUUAUGAUUUAUUGGUGACUGCUGAACACCCAGUUACAAAUAUUAUAAAAGGAUAUAAAGAUCAAUGACAUGUGAAAGCCAGGACCUAUGUGUAACAGUCUCAGGCGAAUUAAAGCGAUAUGAAUAUUAAGGUAAACAAAUGCAACAGUCCAACCGAAAUUUCAAACAGAACAUUCCUCUGACUGCUACUUCACCCGUCUUGACCCCUUAAAUAACUGGGUUCUUUCCGGAGAAUUCAUAUACCUUUUUUUAUAGUGGAAGUAUAUGACCCGACCACCUGAACAUGAGGCAAGCACGCAGACUACCGACAUGACCGAGGCGGUUACAAUUUUACAACAAUACUAUCAGUUCAGAUUUACAACGUAAACAGCUGACAAGAAGUGAAAAGUAUGAUUUUUUUCUGGCAAUUAGAGACCAACCUGAGGAUGAAGUUUUUCAGAAAAUGCACACAAAUCCAUGGAUGUUUUCUUGCAUGUUUUGGUUCGGACGAGAACAGAUUAAAGAUAGGAAUCAAUGAGAUUGGUUCUGUAAAUAAGUCGUACAGGAUGAGGGGCUGGAAAUGUGGACUGACCCUUCUUGCAAAAGAGGAAUACGGGAAACAUUUAAAGAGGGAGGACAUGAUGGAUGCUCAAAGCAAAGAGAAUGUUCUUGUUCGAGCGAUCUGGAACUUGCAUGGAAUCAAAAUAUCGCAUUUAAGGAAAUGAAUGAAAGGUUGGAACUAAGUAUUCGUUAUGGAAAGUGUCCACAUGUUUUGAUGCAGCUUUGUGGCAUAGCUGUGAAUUAUGAUCAAGAUUUUUUAACUGCAGAACUGUCUAAAUAUACUCAACAGUUGGAGAAUAGCAAUCCUUUGCGCAAUGCCAUGAAGUGCACAGCUGGUUUUUAUUGGAUUCAUUUGGCAGUAUUAUUUAGAAAAGAAAAACUAAUACAAUAUUGUUUUGAAAGUCCGUAUAUAAAAAUUCCGAAUCAUCUUUUGAUCUCUUUGAAACACAAAAUUUCACCAGUUUUAUUAGCCGUCGUACAUCAACUACCCAAUUUAGCGAAAUCUAUAGCAUCGUUUAAUCCAAGUUUAAUAUGGUCUGCUGCUGAAAACAUCGACGUCAUCGGCACAAAUACUGAAGAUAAUAUCAAAAUGAAUGGUUUAACAUGGACGACGAAACCUAAGCAUUAUGACCACUUAAUAAAUUUGUUCGAUAAUGAACACAAUAUCAACCAUGUCAACAUCAAUGCCAUAACAUGGGCGAUGAAACAUAAGCAUUAUGACACCUUAAUUGAUUUGUUGAACCUAGUUGACAAUUAUCAUUUGGUGGAAGGAGAUGUUUCGACAAUCUGGUUUCAUGAUAUCAAAAAUGCAAUUUUAUGUGGCAAUGACGAUGAUAUUUACUCACUUGCACGUGUGAAGGGUGUGGAGUUUUUCAAAUACCUCGAUCUGAUAGGGUUCUUGCUGAAAUCAGGAAGGAGUAAAGAGCUGAGAAUCGUUCUGGAGAAAACAGAUUUUUGUGCCCAAUCCAUCAAUAAAACAACGAAGGAACGUAGGUUUUUAAUGGCUGAAAUUGUAGCCGCUGCUGCAUUUGAAGGUGACGUCACUAACCUUUCUCUUCUGAUCGAAUUCGGCUUUGAAAUUAACGCAAAAUAUUUGGGAAUUAGCUUGCUUUCUUGGGUUGAGAGUUUAAACAUGCACGAAAUUUCAGAGGUAUUGUCAGAGGCAGGGGUAUCCAACAAAAAGUUUAAGAUGAAAAAAGAUUCUAUGAUAGAUUUAGCAGUAUGCUUCGUUGGACACCCAUGGACCGAUAUGAUUGAUAAGGUUCGUGUGGUACAUCUUUUGUAUAAAAACGGACACGUGAUAUUUGAUUCCGAUACCAGUCUGACUAACACGUGGAAAAAUGGAGACGACCGCCUUAUGAAAUACUUCCUUCUACGAGGAGAAAACCCGCAAGGAACUUUCGAUUCCCUUCAACAUGGCUAUUAUGCAGCCAGAAGAGGUUGCCGCUUAUUUUUUUAUUUGGUUGUGACAUCGAAUUCAGUUUUGUCAGUUAAGCAUUGGUUGAUAACUUGCAGGCUUUUAAACUAUUACGAAGUUUUGGAAAUACUUCCUGACAUUAUGGACCUUUCAUCUAUCCAAGAUAUUGUUACAAACGGGGCAAUGGAGUGGUUAGAAAUUGAAAAGAUUCCAUAUACUUCAUCUGAAAAACAUAUACAAUGGUAUCGACAUGUUAGGUCAUUGCAAAAAAUAUGCAGGAGAGUCUUGUGUUCACAUUAUAAAGGAUUCAAAUAUAUCAGAUUUCUAAAAUAUAACGAAAAAUCUAUUCCGUCCUCCAUUUUAUCAUUUUUGAAGAAAGACGAUGUUCUACAAAAAUUUCUCAGUGAUUCACAACGUGACGAAUAUGAUGAAUCAGUACAUGGAGUAGAUGAAUAUUUCCUAUAAAACACAUAAAUGAAUUAACUAAUGAAUUUAGCUUUUUUCUAUCGCCGAUUAACCGCGUUAAACAUUGUUCCAAGAAAUAUGAAGUUGUAUUCUACCGUUGUCGGCUAUGGUGUAAAAUAGAUAUACAAUAUGUACUGUUGUAUAUAUCUACAUUGGGUAGAUAAUAUUCCGUAGUGGAUGCCCUGUGUUGUGCAAUAUCAAGGAACUAGAUCUCCAUAUUUUCCUGGUUCUAUGUCAUAUGAUAAAUCAACGUAAAAAGUUUUUUUAUCAUUAAGAGAAUUUUCUCAAGGGGAAUUUCAAAAAAGUUAACUAGAAGUCUGUAUCAAUCUGGCAUGUGACACGCUGGACCUGAACUUAUUUCAUACUCGACACAAUUCCAGAUUUCUUGACGAGAUAGACUAAGUGUGUGGUCAAUAGAUGCUCAUUUAACCUUGGUCAAUUGAUUUCAUUUUAAGGAUCAGCUUUAAGAAAUAAGUUGUCAUGGUUAUGUUUUAAGUUGCAUGUACUUUUUAAUACAGGGAUUUUCGUUUAUGGGUUUUUUAAACGUGAACCUGUCUGUCUGGUAAGAGUUACCGGCAGAAUACAUACCGGAGAGUCCAGUGUUACCUCUUUAAAAAAGGAGUCAAAUAUAUUCGAUUUCUAAAAUACAUGGACAAAUCUAUUUCGUUCUUUGUUUUAUUAUUUUUGAAGAAAAGCUAUGUUCAUCAGUAAAGAGUUUCACUUCACGAGGAAUAUGAUAAAUUGAAACAUGUUGUGAAUAACCCUUUUCUUUAUAACAAGAGUUUGGUUUUUUAUGUCGCCAGUGAUUCGUGAUGAAUAUUUCUGAAGACCAGACGAAGGUAUAUUAUUCCGAUGGCGUAAAUUCUAGGAUAAAUCUAGAUUAUCGA